AUGAGCAAUUCCGAGAUUCCGACAGGCCUGAAGGAGCUGCUGCAAGGAUACACGGUGGAGGUCCUUCGCAACAGGCCUGUGGACUUGGUGGAAUUCGCCGUGCGGCAUUUUACGCAAAUUCUGGAGAAUCAACGUAACGUCAAGCCUGCUAAGAAGAAUGCUGCCAAAGUGGCACGGAAGGGGGUCACCUUUGCAACAAGCUCUGAUGAGAGUGCCCAGGAUGGAAAAGAAGAAGUGGAGAAGGAGCCUGUUAAAAACACCACUGGUAAAUACAUCCGCAGAGUUUCAGUUUGCGCAGAGGCCUACAACCCAGACGACGAUGAGGAUGACGACACCGAGCCUCGAGUUGUCCAUCCCAAAACGGACGAGCAACGUCACAGGCUCCAGGAUGCCUGCAAAGACAUCCUUCUUUUUAAAACACUGGAGCAGGAACAGUUCUCUGAGGUGUUGGACGCCAUGUUCGAGGUGCAGGUCAAACCUCAAGAACACAUCAUAGACCAAGGAGAUGAUGGAGAUAAUUUCUAUGUCAUAGAGAGGGGUGUUUACGAUAUACUGGUGGCAAAGAAUGGUGUGAGCAUGUGUGUGGGAAAGUAUGACAACAAGGGCAGUUUUGGCGAACUGGCUCUCAUGUACAACACGCCACGAGCUGCCACCAUCGUGGCAACACAGGAAGGCGCCCUGUGGGGUCUGGACCGAGCCACCUUCCAUAGGCUCAUUGUGAAAAAUAACGCUAAGAAGAGGAGGAUGUAUGAGGCAUUUGUUGAAUGUGUUCCUCUUCUCAAGUCUCUGGAGCCCUCAGAGAGAAUGAAGAUUGUGGAUGUUUUGGGAGCACGAUGCUUCAAAGAUGGAGAGCGUAUUAUAACCCAGGGAGACACUGCUGAUUGUUUUUACAUCGUGGAAUCAGGACAAGUCAGGAUCAUGAUCAAAAUCAAAAUGAAGGCAGACCAGCAGGACAACACGGAGGUCGAGGUGGCCCGUUGCUCUCGAGGACAAUACUUUGGGGAGCUUGCACUCGUCACUAACAAACCUCGUGCGGCCUCCGUCUACGCCAUUGGAGAAACCAAAUGUCUAGUGAUUGACAUCCAAGCGUUUGAACGCUUGCUGGGCCCCUGUAAGGAGAUAAUGAAGAGGAACAUCUCCCAGUAUGAAGACCAGCUUGUAGCAUUGUUUGGCUCUAGUGUGGAUUUAAAACAAUAG